CGCCGACCGCCGCCGCGCACACACGCGCGCGUCAUUCCCACGCGCGACGCGACACGCGCACGAACCACACGAUCGCGAACUUACACUGCCUUUUUGUUUAUUUCUCGCUUGCGUCCUUCGGACCGUUUUGUGUUUCCGAGGCAGCGAGACGAAGAAAAAAAGGAGGCGCGGAUGGAUCAAGCGAACAGAGAAGAUUGGUGCAGGCCGCCCGGAUAGCCUCGGCCCACAGCUGCAACCACCAGCCACAAGCCACCAGCCACCAACCAAACCCACCACAACGUCAAACCAAAGCCUCCAGUCAUAUCUUUCGUUUCGAAAAUCUAAAUAUUAUAUAAUCACUAUUUUUUAACCUUUUAAAACGAUAAAAAUAAAUCGUUAAUAGUAUACGCUAUUCCCAAACAGUACAAAAUAAUUUAAGUCUGAAGUGAUCGGUAUUUACAAUAAAACAAAAAAAAAUAACACAAAUAAGAAGCCUUCGAACAAGCGAAAGAAAAUCAACGACCAGUAUUUAAAACGUUCCAAAAUAAUAAAAAUCGUUAAACGAGUGCACAACAUAAUUUAUCGUACGUUAACUUUGUUAACAAAACCAUUCCUUGAGCAUUUUCUAAAAAAAGAAUAACAAAAGUCAGCCAAAGAUUUUUAUAAAACUUUAGUUUAGUCUAACUUUGUAUUAAGACUAGUAAUCUAACUUGCCGCUAAAGACUGUAUACAAUCAACUUACUGUUAGUGGGCAAACGAAAUAAUUGUGAUUAGUGUAGUGUUAAACCAGUGUGCCGUAUAACCAUAAAUUAAGUGCUACUUAGAAUAGGGAACCUUAACAAAUUCAAGUGUAGAGUACAAAAAUCGAGUUCCAGUGCAGUUCUAGUGUUCAGUACAAGAGAGACUUAGUCAAGUAAGGUUAUUUUUGUAUACGGCAAAAGUGCGGAGCGCGAUGCGAGCGCGCGAGCGGAGGCCAUGAGCGAAGCGCUGCGCAGCGAGGCGGGCGCGGACUCUGCGCACCUCCCGCCCUUCUCCACGUUCGGAGACAUGGCGGAGAACGAGCAGCGGCUGCUGGCCGACGCGCGCCUGCUCGACCCCGGCUGGGAGUACUACGAGCGCGGCGACGCCGUCUCCGUCAUCGCCAGCCAGCCGCAGUACCGCCCCUGGGAGUCCAUGCCCAUCACCGUCAACUCCAAGGAUGCGAUCCUCCGGGCCGGCUUCUCCACGCCGCUCGACUACCAAUCGGUCACCCUGCAGCCCAUACCGAACAAGCUGCCGUCCUUCCAGAGCCAGUUUCAAACUUUUCCAGAGACGACUGUCAUUCCGGAAACUGGCUUGCCCAGCGUCACCCCGGUGCCGGUCACCACCAGCCCUACGCCGAGCGCGAGCCCUAGUCAGUUAACGCAGCUCACGCAACUGACGACGCCGUCGUCGCCGGCCCAUCUCACCACGCUGGCGCAGGUCGCGCCGUUGUCGACGACACUCACCACUUUAUCUCCUGUAAACGCCACCACAUUCCAUACACUAACAGCGGUAAACGCAAGGAGCUACCCGAUCGUACCGGCGCCACUGCAAGCGAGGGAGCUAACUCCGGCUGGACAGACCUACAUCGAUGACCGGCAUAUACAGCUCUAUCAACCGAACAUCGCGACAAUAAAUGCCUUCCCAACACAAAAUGGGCUAAUACACCAAAAUGGCACUAUCCUCCAUCAGAACGGAAGCUUAAUACAGAACAUACAAAGCCCGACUGUAGUUCACGUGCUUAAAAACGAACCGUUCGACGUGAAAUCUCUUCAGGACAAAUAUACUCCGAACGGGUUACAUCACAGUAACUUCCAGAACCCUAUGUUGAUUGACAACGGGUAUGAAAAGAAGACAAACGGUUUCGGGAGCGGGUCUUCGCCAACGAGGUCUGAUUUUCGGAAGAAGGAGCGUCGGAAAAUGCGGGCGAACAGCUCGGAGUCGGACGGUUCGAACAUGGAGGUCGGGUCGGAGAGUAGCGGUCAGGUGGCAGCCGUGUCCUCAACGGCCGGCUUCAAGUCGCCGAUGCACGGGGCACCGCCUAUGGCUACCGGUCCCAUGGAACUCGACGACAUAUCCAGCGAAAAACAGACAAAGAAGAAGCGGAAACGUUGCGGCGAAUGCAUAGGCUGCCAGCGCAAGGACAACUGCGGUGACUGCGCACCGUGCCGCAACGACAAGUCGCACCAGAUCUGCAAGCAACGCCGGUGUGAGAAACUCACCGAGAAGAAGCUUAUAUUGGCGCCGGACGGGACCUUGCAGACGGUCAAGAGUGAAUCGCGCCGCGGCCGGGGCAGAGGGCGCGCGCCGACUACCCCCGUCUUACAAGACAUCAAGAGCUACCGCGGCCGCAAGCCCCUGGGCGGCACAGCCGGCGUGGCCGGCGUGAGCCCCGUGUUGCCCGGCGCGAGCCCCGGAGUGCCCGCCGCCGCAUCCAGCCCCGCGCCGCACGCGCCCGCCGCCCCCAGCCCCGCGCCCGCCACCACGCCCGCCAUGAAGCAGGACCAUCCCAGCCAGCCGAUGGCGCCCAUGCCGUUCUACGCUGGAGAUCCGAACAGGUUUCCGGCAGCGUGGCAAACGGACCCAUCGCAAGGGAAUAAUCUGUAUGUUAUAGGAUGGCAGAACCAGUUCAUCCAGCAGCUUCCGACACAAACCGGUCAGACAACGUUGGAUUAUCAAGGAAACCAUACCGCAUACGCGACAUCACCUCACUACCAAGCAAACACCACGUACACCGUCCAAAAUGUCGCCACAACGUUUGAUGUCACCAACAACACGUAUUACCAGGCUGGUGUUCAAGCAGUCCCAGCCCAAAGGCCACCAUCCAAUCGCGGAGCUUACACACCAGUCCCGUCUCCCAGAGCCCCACAUUAUACUACCGAGUAUCAGCAACAGUACGCACAACAAGCACCAACUCCUGGUGUCACUACCGGUAGUGAUUCUAGGCCAUCAUCCGCAGCUUCUUACCAAAGUUCUGUAGCCACCUCAGCCGCUCCAGUCUACACCGUUAGUCAGCAAAACUAUGAACGCACGGAAUAUAGUGCAGACCACACAGAAGACUACAGUAACGGUGAAAAUGGAACAACUGACUCAAAUAGCGAGGUAGACAGACAAGAGCAAACUACGCCCAGUGGUCAGCAUUCGGGAAACGCCGAGCCUGGAUACCUGCAGGGGAGCAACGGUCCGCGAGCUUCACUAGAUUGUAGCGGGUAUUCGGGCGGCUAUAACAGCGGACAGUAUCGCGAAAAUGGCCAACAACAGAACCAGAGUGAUUGGCAACAACGUCAAUGGCAACACAACCAAAGAAUACAAAACCAACAGAUUCAAAACCAACAACAGUUACAAAAUCAGCAGCAGAUGCAAAAUCAACAACAACAAAUUCAAAGUCAACAACAGCAACUUCAAAACCAGCAGCAGCAGCAACAACUUCAAAACCAGCAGCAACAACAACUUCAAAACCAGCAGCAACAACAACAGCAGCAAAUUCCGAAUCAACAACAACAGCAACAAAUCCAAAAUCAGCAACAACAACAAAUACAAAAUCAACAGCAACAGAUACAAAAUCAACAGCAACAGAUGCAAAAUCAACAACAACAACAAAUUCAAAACCAACAACAGAUGCAAAAUCAACAGCAAUUACAGUCCCAAAUGCAAAAUCAUCAGAAUCAGCAAAUGCAAAAUCAACAGUUACAACAACAAAAUCAGGAGAACGCUGAACAGCAGAUGUUCUCACAAUCAGACAGGGUGAAUUUAAACUCGAGACUGAAAACGAUGAUAUUAAAUAAACAAAACCAUACCCGAGACGGAACCAAUACACCGCCAGACAAAGGUGAUCCUGGGGAAGGGCCACCCCGGGUUUUAGAUGAUAGAAAGGGCGGAGUCUCCGUCAGUGAUGACAGAAAUACCACCGGUCAUUUUUUAUCGUAUAGCCACCAUCUCCGAGAUAAUUACCGCGUAAGUGAGCAGUAUCCGCUCGCUGGUAAUUAUGCACAAAACGCCCAAGCCUAUAGCGCGGGUGAAUUCGGAGGUGGUGGCCACCAAGUAUGGGAGGGGGGGACGGAUGUCCCGAGAGUUUAUAGUAAACACGCUUUGUCGAAGAACGUAUAUAAAACUCCUCAAAAAUUACCAUCUUACUCAGAAAUGAGAGGUCAAUUCGGUACAUAUGCAAAUGAAUCGUAUGGAACGCAAAAAUAUGCAGAAAUGUACGGUAGCGAUAGUUUAACCUAUGGUCAACAAGAUAAUAAAGAUUUUCAAUCCAAAAUGCUCAUUGGUCCAGUAUCAGAAAUGAAUCAACAAAUUUACACUCCUACACGAGAUACCAAUGCACAAAGAAGAGCUUUUGAUAGGGAAUCAUAUAGUGCAAAAUAUAGACACCCUUCAGCCCCAUUGAUACCUAAGUUAGAAAUACCAGAUAAUAAUUAUCAGUAUCAUCAAAAAGAUGAAAGGUUAUUAAAAGCCAAUCCUCAGGGAGCUAUGAAUGAAUUUCAUAAACAAAGUGAUCUUCCAAAUAAUAGUGCCUAUAGAGAUUAUCCGAACGGUUUUGUUGCGAAAUCUCAGCAAAACAUGGUUUUACCGCCAAUAUCCUCGAUAAAACAAGAAAAUUUUGGCCAAAAACCUGCCAACUAUCAAAGCUUCCAUAACUACCCAUAUGAAAGGAGACAAGAUCCUGAUAUUUAUCCUCAAGUACCUCGAAUGCAAGAAAAUAUGGGAUUCCAAAAAUAUUCCAGAAGUAAUAGUGAAAGUAAAACAAGUAACGAAUCAGAAAAUAGAUUUACUUCAGGUAGGAACACUCCAGUUGAACCAAAGCCGCCUUAUUACAUUGAGCAGAUCAAAUCUGAACAUUCACCACCGGGACACAAGAUUUACAAAAAUAUGAGUUACCCACCUCCUAAGAAUGAACCAUAUAUGUUCCCUGGAGACGGAGGACCAAUGACAAUUAAAAAUGAAGUCGGGUACUCAUGUUGUCGUCAAGGUUCUACAAAAAAACCGCCGCCCGAACAUUUACGAGACGGUGCGUGUCCUGGUCUUCAAACCAAAGAUGAAAUUCUCGAAGACGACCCAGAUGCCUCAGAAAAGAGCGACUCAAAGAGUCAAAGUAAACCAAGCACACCAGGCCCUGAUCCUAAUAAAGUUCCUAAAGAAAACCAAUUUAACUAUUCCAAAGAAUACUUAGAAAACCUAGAGAAGUUAAGAAAUAAUUCAAGAACAGAAGUACCCGAUUGCAAUUGUUUUCCUGCAGAUAAGAAUCCCCCAGAGCCUGGAAGUUAUUAUACACAUUUAGGGUCUGCAGCAACUCUUGCAGAUUUGAGAAAGGACUUGGAAGCACGGACCGGUCUCUCUGGCAAAGAGUUGAGGAUAGAAAAGAUUUGUUACACCGGCAAGGAAGGGAAAUCAGCUCAGGGAUGUCCAAUAGCUAAGUGGGUGAUCCGGCGGUCCAGUUACACGGAGAAAGUGCUAGUAGUCGUAAAGUGUCGCGCAGGGCAUCGCUGCCCAUCGGCCUGGCUGGUGGUCUGCGUGGUAGCGUGGGAGGGAAUCCCCGCGGCUGAAGCUGACAGAGACUACGCGCUGCUGGCCAGAACUUUGCAGCGAUACGGACUGCCCACUACCCGCCGCUGUGCCACCAACGAGAACCGCACCUGCGCCUGCCAGGGUCUAGACCCAGAAACUUGCGGCGCGUCCUACAGCUUCGGUUGUUCCUGGUCCAUGUACUACAAUGGCUGCAAGUACGCGCGCUCGAAGACCGUCCGCAAGUUCCGUCUCUCCGUGAAGACCGAGGAGAGCGAGAUAGAAGAACGGAUGCAUGUACUGGCUACAUUACUCAGCCCGCUGUACAUGAACCUCGCGCCCAAGUCGUUCGAGAAUCAGUGCCAGUUCGAGAAGGAGGCGUCGGAUUGCCGGCUGGGAUUCAAACCUGGGAGACCGUUUUCUGGCGUAACCGCGUGCAUAGACUUCUGCGCGCACGCACACCGAGACCUUCACAAUAUGAACAACGGGUGCACGGCGGUGGUGACGCUGGCGAGACAUCGUGCGCUGGCGCCCGCUACAGACGAACAGUUGCACGUACUGCCGCUAUACGUACUCGAUACUACGGAUGAAUACGGCUCGCGGGACGCGCAGGAUGAGAAGGUCAAGAGCGGCGCGCUGGAAGUGCUGGACAAAUUCCCGAUGGAAGUUAGAGUGCGUUCAGUGCCUCUGCAGCCAUGCAGGCGACACGGCAAAAAGCGGAAGGAGGAAGAUACGACAGAUUCAUCGAAUUCGGCCACUAACACUCCUCAACAAAGUCCUGGCGGCAACCUUAAGAAACCGCAACAAUGCUCCACGCCGACUCCUAGAACGCCCCAACCUACGGACAACAGGAAUAAUGCAAGCCCAAGAAGCCAGAGCAGUGCCUCGCCAAGAUCUCAAACCCCUCUCAACCACUCUAAUCCUUCCGCCUUUGCCAACAACGGCCACUACAAUUCUGCUUUCAUCAAUCCAAACAUGCAUCCCCAAAACCCUGCGCUUAUUAAUUCCAACCUCAGCAACCCAGCUCUACUAGACAUGGCCACCAUGAUAGACAACUUCACCGACGCACAGUUGCAGAGCAAUCAAAUCUCUAGCACCGUCCUAGAUUCGCCUUAUAACCCUUACGACCAAAGCUACAAUCUACACCAUCAAAAUUCACUUUACAAUCCGAACAAUGUUCCUCCAUUAGUAGAAGGAAACCCAUGUCAGAAUACGAAUCCCAAUCAACUUCCCAGUUUUUCGAGUGGAUUACAAAAACGAGAUCAACAGUUCAGCGAUCAAAAUGUCGGUCAAAUACCUGCCACUCCUCAAAAUCAUUGGCCUGAUUUCGCAAACGCAGAAUUAUUCAAUAGCGUAGUUAAAGAAGAUCCAGAUUCUACCACAGCUCAUUUGAAUGUUCCUCCCAAUUAUAGUCCAGACUCAAACAGGAGUGAAACAAAUUCUGACCAAAUUCCAAUAAAAAAAUCUACUGAAAUAGACAAACAAGCCGUUACCCCAGGUAACAUGACUCAUAAAUUGCCUGAAUUCGAUAUGCCAAAUUCGCCAAGACUAACAGAAAUAUCUCAGAAUUUGCAAACUAAACCAGAAUCACCAGCUCCAUCGCAAAAUGCAGAAUUAAAAUCCCCUAACAAUGAACCUAUAAACGCGGUGGAGGGUCGGAAAAGCGUGUGGAAAUCUCCGGAAUCCAAGAAUUGGGACUCUACGAAAGCAAAGGAACAAUUGGUAUCUGAAAAUGAAAAUAGUUUAUUUAGAGUCCCAAAGGCCAGACCACCCUCGCGAUGCCAUAGCAUUCCCGCAGAAGGUGUAGAGAACUCGACCUUCUUAAAACCUUAUCCGCCCUCAGAGAGACCACAUUUGAGCCAAGGAUAUGAACACAGAAGUCCGUAUGAUAAUAAUAGAAUACCAAACAAUACAACGCCACAAACAGGAUCUGCUCAAACUCAAAAUUUUACAAUCAAACAUGACGAUCAGAACAUGUCGUCUGCAAAUAAACCAACCCACGAAUUCACAGGAAAUAAUUUUCAUCCAGUCUCUCAAAAUGCUUAUGGGAACCAAACGUCCGUACAAAGUUACGGUAAUUAUCCACAAAUGCCUAAUACAUAUCCGUUUCCACCAAAUCCUUACGGGCACUUUAAUCCUUAUGAAAAUUCAUAUAACGAGUACAAUAGUUUAGCUUAUUACAACGCGGAAAAAUACAAAAGGGAAGAACUUUUGAGGAAUUCUCAUUGUUACAGUUCUUAUGGAUACCAGUACGGUCCGAAUUUUGCGCCAAAUUUUUAUCAGAACCAGAGUCCGAACUGGUGUCAAUCUUCUCCAAAUUGGUGCUUAUAUCCGCCGCCGUUCUCUAUUCCAUAUCCGCCGGAGCCGCCUAAGGCGGAGCCGAUAGGGGAAGUCACCGAAUUCACUGACAAUUUAGAAUGCUUCAAAGAUAGCCAAAUGGGGGGAGUGGCCAUCGCUUUAGGUCACGGGAGCGUGCUCUUCGAAUGCGCGAAACACGAGAUGCACUCGACGACGGCCGUGAAGAACCCGAACCGGGUGAAUCCGACAAGGAUCUCCCUGGUGUUCUACCAGCAUCGUAAUUUGAACCGGCCAAAGCACGGAUUGGAGGAGUGGGAGGAAAAGAUGAGAUUAAAGAAGCUCGGGUUGAAUCCGCCGACGCCGGGCACGCCCACUCCCAAUACGUCGACGGCGUCGCCCGCGACCACGCCCGGCCCGGAACAGCGGCCAGCCGGCGGAGAGCCUGGAGUAGGGGGUGGAUUCAAGUCGUUGGCGGCGCUGGUGCAAGCCACAGAGACGGCGCGGCGGAAGCGCCAAGUGUUGCUGCGGGCGGAGACACAAACCACGACGUCGUGGACGACGUUAUUCCCCAUGCACCCGUGCACGGUGACGGGCCCCUACCAGGAGUCGGCCACCUGACGCCGCCCGCGUGCGGGGCCGACGCUGGCCACGUAAGCUCUAUGUUGCCUUUACCGUAGGACGUCGGGUACGCUUCCCGACUUUUGUAGUUCCUGGAUUUUUUCACUCCUCGAGUGUCCUCUCGAGCGAGGCGGAAUUGACUACCGUUUACCGAAGUAUUUUUUAAAAAUCGAGUCAGUUUUCCAAUCAAAGAUGUAUGUUUUAAGUUCGAUAGUGCUUAUCGCGUUUCGACUAGUCUUACGUUAGUAUCGAUCGUGUAUCGUCCGAGUGACAGUUGUCGUGUAUGUUUGUUUUUUUUUCUGUAUAUUCUUGUCGUAAUAGUUUAGUUUCGCUGGCGUCUUUCCGACCGUUUGCGCCGAUGUUAGUUUUAUAAUUUUACGUUCUCGGCUGCAUAAAGUGACGUUGGUAUGUUCUUGUCUGCAUAUUUUGUCGGUGUUUUCUAAUUAAGCGCAUAUUGAAAGUUAUGCGAUGCAAUGAUCUCAUAAACUACUAACCCUAUGUAUAACCGAUCAGAACAAAAGUACAAAACAUCACAGAGGAGGGGUGGGGCGCGAGGGAUGCGGACACAUUCGACGACGUGUUUAUCGAUAUUUUUGUACCUUUGUCUGUAUUAGUAUUAGUUGACUUAUUUUAUAAAGUUGUAUUUUUACGAUUAUUAUUACCAUUCCUUUGCCUUGGUCUACAUUUAUUGUUUUGGCAUAUUUCAAUAAGUUAAUCAAAUAAUGGCGUCGUAGCCUUUUUGUAUUUUAUACAUUAAAGACAUGAGUGCUUUUCUAUUAGGUUAAGACGUGUGUAUUUUUAACUUUUUAGAAUAUUUAACUUAUUUAUAUAAAUUGUAUUACGUGAACCAUUAUGAAAUCAUUUUCUUUGUAAUAAUUUAGUAUUACGGUAGACGUUAAUAUUUAAUAUAUUUGCUUUACGGUUCGCCAUUAAAUUAUUGCAGUUGUUUUGUGCAUGUUUCAAAAGCCUUCUUUACUUUACUCGAGUGCCUGCAUUUUGGCUGAUACCAUUGAUGAUAUUAUCGUUAGGUGAUCUGAUUUUCUAAACUCAACCAAAAAUGUGACCUUAUUGUUUGAUUCAGUGUAUUACGAUCAUUAAAUUAGUGAUGAUAAAUUUUAUGAAUUAGAAACAAUAAAAGAUGAAUAAUACAUACAUUUAUAUAAGAAUAGGAUAUGUGCAAAGAAAAAAACAAUUUUUCAGGCGCUUGAAAAGAUAUAAAGUAGGCAUAUUAUUGAAAAUGAAUGAAAACAUACUGAUAAAUAGUUAUUAAUAUAUAAUUAGCGUAAGAGAAAAGUUUGUUUUAAAGAUUAAACUAUUCAUAUAGUUUAUAUUUUUUACGUGUAUGUAUUUAUUGAAUGGUAAAUUUAUUGGGACGAACGUGAAAAUUAUUUAUAAGUAAUAAAGUUUUGAGAACAAAACUUAUAAAAACUAAGCAAUAAUAGACAUGGGGUCUAUGUACAUUGUAAUAAUGUAGGAAUGAAAAAGAAUAUAAUUAACGAAUGGUGCGAUUUCUUGUCGGUCUUAUGGGAGAGUUUGACGUUUGGAUUCUUAACGAAAUUUGCCUAAAAUUGUAUUUGAUUAUUAUUUCGUGUAAAACCAUUGGUAAAAUGCCCUAAUGUUCUUGCCAUUAUACUAGUUGCCAAUGUCGACUCAUCAUGAAUGCAUUGUAGGACAAGACAUAUCAAAUACAAUCACCAAAAUAAUAAAUUAAUGUAAAAAUUAAAAUAAACAAUAACUAAAUUCAAAUUGAUAUUUCACAGGCAAAUCGUAUCGGCAUUAAAUACGUUGUUGACACCAAAUUGUAAUGUUUCGUAGAUUAAAAAUAAAAUAACAUGGGUGUUUACCUAUAAGAGAAUGUAUCAUUUAGGUCACACUAGAAACCUGUGAUAUAACCUAUAAACUCACGUAUGCAUGACUGUAUGUUUGUCUAUCUUCAGUGUGUUGUGAGAGCGCAGCGUAUGCCAUGAAACCAAAUAAUAUAUUUAAACAGUAUUGUCAGUACUCCGAGUGUAAGGUUCGCAUUUCACUACCGUUUUCUUCAAAUGGGAAUGAUAAAUCUUAUAACCGCCAACGCUCCGCCACCGGCAUAUAAAAUGAAACAUGUUUUCUCCCAAACGUUUUUAAUUUUAUUUCCUUUGAAAUGUAAAACUUACACCCGGGGCUCGUGUUGUAACCAAAAAUUGUGAAUUAUGUUUGUAUAAUGUAUCGUCUUCAUAUGAUGGGAUAUUACCAAUGUGAAAGUUUUGUGAGUCAAAAAAAUGCGACUGCGUCGCUUUGAGUUGCGACGAUCUUAUUGUAUAACAAUAUCUUUAAUUGUCUUCUGCCAAAACAAAAGAGUAAUCGAAUGUGUCAUGUAAAUAGAACUACCAUUAUUUAUUAAUACAAUAAUUUAAAAAGAA